UGCAGCGGACACACGCGAGAUUGGAGCCGAUGAGAAGGACGCUGCUGCUGGUGAUUCCUCCGCAACACAGACAGCAGAAGAGCAGAAGAGCAGAAGAGCGGGUGUCAAAGCCACAUGUUUUAAGUAAUCUAUUUGGACAGAGUUGUGCUGGAAUUAAGAGAAGAGGAAGAUACUAAAAAAACAUACCAAUUUGGGACUGCGGUGUUGAUAUGAAUUACUCGUUCAACGUCUCACGGAAAACCUAGCGGUGUUACAGCCGGCGUGCUUUAGCCUGUUAGCUUCUCCGUUAGCACACAGGAGCCGCUAUUUCGUCCACUCUUCAGCAAGGCAACCUGCAUGCCGCGCUGCUGCCCGGUGUUAUACCGCUUAUUAUUCAGUAACAAGUCAACACCGUGGAGGUCCUACUGUAAUAUUCAAGUAGUUUAAAGUCAAAGGAGGAAAGAGGAACCGUGACGGGGGGGUUUUGAGAGGCUGGUGACCGAACUGUGUGUCCUCAAGUGGCCGUUUGAACAACCGUCAUCAUGGACAACGCACCACACACAAAGACGGUGGAAGAAGUUUACAGCUUUUUUAACGUCAACGAAAGCACUGGUUUGAGUUUAGAGCAAGUGAAGAAACAACGGGAACGAUUUGGACCAAACGAAUUGCCAGCUGAGGAGGGUAAAUCCCUUUGGGAACUAGUGGUUGAACAGUUUGAAGAUUUGCUCGUGAGGAUCCUUUUACUUGCUGCCUGCAUAUCCUUUGUGCUGGCCUGGUUUGAAGAGGGAGAAGAAACCGUUACAGCCUUUGUGGAGCCUUUUGUUAUCCUGCUUAUUCUCAUAGCAAAUGCCAUUGUAGGAGUCUGGCAGGAGCGAAAUGCAGAAAAUGCCAUUGAAGCGCUUAAGGAGUAUGAGCCAGAGAUGGGGAAGGUGUACCGCCAGGACAGGAAAAGUGUCCAGAGAAUCAAGGCUAGGGACAUAUGCCCUGGGGACAUCGUGGAGGUGGCAGUUGGUGAUAAAGUGCCUGCAGACAUCAGGCUGACUUCUAUCAAGUCAACAACACUGAGGGUAGACCAGUCAAUUCUUACAGGAGAGUCUGUGUCUGUGAUCAAACACACCGAUCCUGUGCCUGACCCGCGUGCUGUCAACCAGGACAAGAAGAACAUGCUCUUUUCUGGCACCAACAUCGCAGCUGGUAAGGCUGUCGGCGUGGUGGUGGCCACAGGUGGCAAUACGGAGAUUGGCAAGAUCCGUGAUGAGAUGGCAGCAACGGAGCAGGAGCGCACACCGCUGCAGCAAAAGCUGGAUGAGUUCGGACAGCAACUGUCCAAGGUGAUUACACUGAUCUGCAUUGCUGUGUGGAUCAUCAAUAUUGGACAUUUCAACGAUCCCGUCCACGGAGGAUCCUGGAUCCGAGGUGCCGUCUACUACUUCAAGAUUGCCGUGGCACUGGCAGUUGCUGCUAUCCCUGAGGGUCUGCCUGCUGUCAUCACUACUUGCCUGGCUUUGGGAACUCGGCGCAUGGCCAAGAAGAAUGCAAUUGUCCGCAGUUUGCCGUCUGUGGAGACCCUUGGCUGUACAUCUGUCAUCUGCUCCGACAAGACCGGCACGCUGACCACCAAUCAGAUGUCCGUGUGCAGGAUGGUUAUCAUUGAUCAGGCAGAGGGCGAUCACUGUUCAUUAAAGGAAUUCACUGUUACUGGCUCCACAUAUGCCCCGGUUGGAGAAGUGUUCCAAGAUGGCAAACCAGUCAGAUGUUCCCAGUAUGAUGGCUUGGUGGAGCUGGCCUCUAUCUGUGCUCUCUGUAAUGAUUCCUCAUUAGACUAUAAUGAGACCAAAGGUGUGUACGAGAAGGUGGGUGAGGCCACAGAGACGGCUCUCACAUGCCUCGUGGAGAAAAUGAACGUGUUUGACACAGAUGUUAAAGGCCUGUCCAAGAUCGAGAGAGCCAACGCCUGUAAUUCCGUGAUCAAGCAGCUGAUGAAGAAAGAGUUUACGUUGGAAUUUUCCAGAGACAGGAAGUCCAUGUCUGUGUAUUGCACUGCUAACAAGGCCCGCUCCUCUGUUGGCAAGAUGUUUGUAAAGGGUGCCCCUGAGGGAGUGAUCGACAGGUGCACACACAUCCGUGUAGGCAGCAACAAGGUGCCCUUGACCCCUGGCAUCAAGGACAAACUGAUGUCUGUGAUCAGGGAAUAUGGAACCGGCAGGGACACCCUGCGCUGUCUGGCUCUCGCCACGCGAGACCACCGCAUGGUCAAAGAAGAGCUGAAGCUGGAGGACUGCACCCGCUUUGUCGAAUACGAGACUGACCUGACAUUUGUUGGCUGUGUGGGCAUGCUGGAUCCUCCCAGGGCAGAGGUAGCAGCCUCUAUUAGACUCUGCCGCCUUGCAGGCAUCCGAGUAAUUAUGAUCACCGGAGACAACAAGGGGACGGCAGUGGCUAUCUGCAGACGUAUCGGUAUUUUCGGAGAGGACGACGAUGUUUCCAGCAUGGCAUACACCGGCCGAGAGUUCGACGAUCUGUCGCCUGCUGCACAAAGAGACGCUGUGAUCAAGGCCCGCUGCUUUGCCCGUGUUGAGCCUUCACAUAAAUCCAAGAUUAUUGAGUUCCUGCAGUCCUAUGAUGAGAUUACAGCUAUGACUGGUGACGGAGUAAACGACGCUCCUGCUCUAAAGAAGGCUGAAAUCGGUAUUGCCAUGGGCUCAGGCACAGCUGUGGCCAAGACCGCCUCUGAGAUGGUGCUGGCCGACGACAACUUCUCCACCAUUGUAGCUGCGGUCGAGGAAGGCAGAGCCAUUUACAACAACAUGAAACAGUUCAUCAGAUACCUCAUCUCUUCAAACGUGGGCGAAGUUGUUUGCAUCUUCCUGACCGCAGCCGUGGGGUUCCCUGAAGCCCUCAUCCCCGUUCAGCUGCUCUGGGUCAACCUGGUGACCGACGGUCUGCCUGCCACCGCUUUAGGCUUCAACCCACCCGACCUGGACAUCAUGAGCAAGCCGCCACGCAACGCCCGCGAGCCCCUCAUCUCUGGAUGGCUUUUCUUCAGAUACCUCGCCAUUGGAUGUUAUGUAGGUGCUGCCACUGUUGGUGCUGCUGCCUGGUGGUUUGUUGCUGCUGAGGAUGGUCCAAGGAUCACCUUUUACCAACUGAGCCACUUCUUGCAGUGUGCUCCAGAAAAUCCAGAUUUCAUGGAUCUGGACUGUAAGGUGUUUGAGUCCCCUUACCCUAUGACCAUGGCCCUGUCUGUGCUGGUCACCAUCGAGAUGUGCAAUGCCCUAAACAGUGUGUCAGAGAACCAGUCGCUGCUGAGGAUGCCUCCCUGGGAGAACGUGUGGCUGCUGGGAGCCAUCUGCCUCUCCAUGUCCCUUCACUUCCUCAUCCUCUAUGUGGAGCCACUUCCAAUCAUCUUCCAGAUCACUCCUCUAAAUCUGACACAAUGGCUGAUGGUGCUCAAGAUCUCUCUGCCCGUCAUCCUACUCGACGAGAUACUCAAGUUCGCGGCCAGGAACUACCUGGAGCCCGGUAAAGAACUGGAGAAGCCCGACAGCAGCAAAGGCUGCUGGCUGUCUGCAUGCGUGGAGGGCAUCUCCUGGCCCUUCGUGGCCGUUUCCCUCCCUCUGGUCCUCUGGAUCUACAGCACCGACACUAACAUGGCCGACAUGUUCUGGUCCUGACUGACUUGAGCACAACCUCGACUUCUUUCCAUUUCCUCCCCGCCCCCUCCACUCCCCCUCCUCCCACCACCACCACCACCUCCCUCUGUCCUCUCCCUCUUUCCCCUCCCCUCUCUCGCCUUCCCACAUGUGCAUAGCUUGCGUGCGUGCGUGUUUGUAGAGUUAGAGUGUGUACUUGUGCGUGCCUACCGCGGGUGUUUCGAGAAGGACCAACUUUAACACAUGAAAACGUAACAAAUAAUUUAAAAAUGUUAACAUUGAGAAGUCACCUGGUUUGAGUUGGGAUAGGAUUUUUGGAAUGGGUGAGGCUUUAAAUGAGAAGAGCAUCACUCCCCGUAGCUGUGGACUUUGUUGCUGGUUUGAAAGAAAAUAUACUGUUGCCAGUUUUUUUUUAUUAUUAUUAUUAUUAUUAUUGUCAAUAUUGCCUUUUUAAGGUUUAUAUUUUUUAAUAAUUUUGGGAACCUCAGUUGUCUUACAUCACUACAGUAACAACAGCACACUGUUUUGUUUAGCUUCCCUCUUCAUGAAAAGCAAUUUAAGAUAUCAUAAAUCCAUUGAUCUGUACAGAGAUUGAAUUUUAUGCAACUGAAUUUUUUUUUUUUUUUUUUUAAACGGCUUCGUCAAUUCUUUGACCAAGUGUGGCUUAGACAUACCGCCUUCAUUUAUUAUUUUCUCAUGUUUACCAUUGUGUCUUCAGUAUAAAAACUCAGAACUCUUUCAGAGAGGACAAGCAGCUCCGUGUGGCAGAACGAGAACCGGGGAAAGGUUUGGGAGUGAACGUUUUGAAUGCUCCGCUUAAAAACAAACAAAAAAAAAGAAAUCUUGAAAAACAAAAAGCCGCAUGUCCUGUGACCAAGCAUGAACUGUAUGUGGGUUCUCAUUCUUAAUUUAAUUGUGUAUGUCCCCCCCAACCCCUUCCAAUGUUAGAGUAUAAAUUAACCUCAUGGAUGUUUUUGUUUUUUUACACUAUAAUGAUUUGAAAAUAAGCCAGUUUGUCUGCACUGGGCAGAGCACAGCUACCUCAAUAUGAUAAAAAGAUUUAUUUUUUUUUGCUCAUCUCUAGAUGCUUUUCCUAAACGGUCUUGCUGAAGCGUAACAUCCGAGGUGUGCCCACUAUUUGCUUGUGCAGAAAAUAAAAAAGAACAACAUUUUUCCUCUAACAUUUUUAAGGAUAUAUAUUAUGUUUGUAUUGAUUUUUUUUUUUUCAUUAACUUUAUUUGUGUUUUGCUUUGGAGACGGAACCGAGUGGGGAUGAUUUGUACGUUAAUCAUCUCCAUGGCGUUUGAUUCAAAGGACAGUAAUAAUUAAAAAAAUCCUAAGAAAAUAAAAUACUAAUACUCCAACACUGAACUUGGAUUGCAAAUAAGAAACCCAAAAUGUUGUUUUUUUUACUUCAAGGAAAAAUACACUCAUAAACCCUUUGAAUCAAAGUGUUUUCUGUUUUUAUUUAAUAUGAUUCAGGCCAUUGGUCAUCAACAUUAUUCAUAUCCAGUGUUUUUUUUCUUUUCUUCUAUGUGCAUAUAAUACUUGAAUACAAAUCAUUUCAGACAUAUGAAUGCUUCGGUGUCCUUGGCACAACAUGACGGGCAGGAGGUAUUCACAGCACAGAGGAACAGAUCUUGUGUAUAUUUGACUCUUACAGGCUUUAAUAUUUAGAGGUCUUAGUUUUGUGCUGGACUUACCACACUUUGUGGUAGUGUAUACAUGUUAGAUUAUACAGUCAAAUGCACUAAUCUUAGGCAUUAUUUUGUGUGGAAAUUCCUACAUGUGUGAAAUCUAAAAGCAUGUUUUUUUGGGUUUGUUCGCACUGUGUGUUUGUGUUCCACUUGACAACUGUGUGCUUCUUUUCCUCAAUGCCUUCCAUUGGCUCCCCUGUCACUAGAGUUGUCUCUCAUAAAAGCUUCGCAAAUUUUAAAGAGUUGGCUCAGAGGCUGGAGUCGUCCCUAUUGUCCAGCACUCUUUAACUUCACACACCUCAGACACCGUGAUGACCAGCAGUGUGUGUGCUCUUGCACAGACAAAAAAAAGGACGGAUGUUUUCACAGUAAUAAGACCAAAUAACAGAAAGGUAUACUUAAAAAAAAAAAAGUGGUUGGGCUGGAAACACACUUAACCAAUGCCCCUUGUACCACAACACACACACACACAUCUUAACACACUUAUACCUCUGUGUGCAGAUGCUAUAUCAAUACGACACUAUUCCAGUCUUUGUGUGCAGGGAAGUUUUCGACACCCGCAACGUUCCUUCUUGCAUGAAGAACUUCUAACUUCCAUGGUAGCUUGUCACGUAGAGAAUCUUUAAAAACACUGGGUUGAAUGGUCUUAGCUGUACAUCAGUGUACAAAACAUUCAUGCAUGCGUUUCAGCUGUACGUAGGCUUUUGCAAUUUGUAUUUAUAGAUUCUAAUGUAUAAUACUCAAAUGACAAUAUUAAGAUGGUUUUAAGAUGGAUAUAUCAUAGAUAUGUAAAUCACUGUUUUUAUUGUAACGGUUUUGGGUAAUUUGCACAAUACUAGACAUGGAGACGUGACUCAUGCUGAACUUGACUGUGCUCUACUUGAGUUUUUUUAUCUUUUCAUUUUUCCCAUUCGACAACUACUGUAGGCCGAUCACUGAUCCAUUUUACUUUCUGACGACGUAGUCCUUCGUAAUGAGGACCGCCACUUUGAUUCAUUGGUAAUCCUGCAAUACAACAGUGUUUUCUUAUUGCCUCUGCAUUCCUAUUAUCAUUAUUAUUAUUAUUAUUAUUAUUAUUAUUAUUAUCAUCAUGUAUCUUUAUCAACUGCUGUAAAACUGUGAUCUAAUGUGAGGGGGCUCCGUGCGGUCCCCUCAGCAACACCUGAUCGAAGAACAAUAUUAACCAUAUGUAAAAAGACGAUCAUUAUUGAUGACUAAUAAUGGUUGUACAUGCAUUACUGAGGUUGUGGUUUCAGGUAAAUAAAACAAUAGAGUAUU